GGAAUAUUGGUUCUCAAUUGUGACGUUAAUAUCUGACUCUCGUUUUACUGAAUGGACAAAAGGUUAGGUCUGUAUCGCUUUUUCUUCAAUUGAUAUUUUUUGGAAAUUUUAUUUUUUUCUGAAGCGAUAUGAAAUGAAAGGUAUCAAAUAUAUAUACACUUAUAAGUGAUUAUAGAAAUUAAACUUACGAGAAGACCACGGGAAACCUUAAUUGGUAAUCCCCCAUCCUGGACUCGGUCACGUGACUAUAACAGACAACUUCCGAUGCCAAUAUAUCUGUAUGAGUUCUGUGUAGUAACGCAAGUCUUUAACAGCUUUCACUAUCGUGGUAAAAAAUUCUGUGGUAACUAAACUACAACAAUUAGUUUAAACGGAGAAAUUAUUGCAGCCAUGAUUUAGACGCAAAGGAUUAAAAAGUGUACAUUGGACGAUUAAAGGGAACACGAGUUAGUCCAUUUGACAAACGGCGAUUUCGCCCCGUGAUGGUACAAAUUCCAGUGCUGGUUACGUCAAAAACUUAAUUAGGAAAUAAUGAAGGAGAAGAAAAAUUAACAUUUGGCUGAUGGUAUCGGUGUGACUACGACAAAGUACCAAAGAUACAGAAAUUGAAAUUUAGAUUUACAUAGAUUUGGACGUGGGAGUAUGACGGUGAAGGAGGUAGUCUCCCUUAGUAAGGUGUCGGGAUGCAUCAACAGAUGUCGCCAGUCUCGAUACCUCGUUCUCGUCAUCGUUUUCAUUGCUCUCUUCCUGGACAACAUGCUUCUAUCUGUUGUCGUGCCCAUUAUACCAAAUUUCUUACGGAAACUGGAGAGUCCGUACGAAUAUGUGAAUAAAACAGUGAACAGGACUGCCCUAAUUACCAAGUGUGUUCCUGUGAAUGUGACGUUACAAUCAAAUAUCCAAAGACUAGUCAGUACCUACAACAAGAGAUUUAGCUAUGCAGAGAGUCCGAGCUAUAUGGACUGUGUAAACCAUACUGUGAAUGAGACAGUUCAGGAUGUGGAUGAGAUUCCAAUCGAGACUCGACGACAUGCAGAAUUAGCCAACGAGAAUGUAGAAGUUGGGCUGAUGUUUGCAUCUAAGGCACUAAUUCAGCUGAUAGCCAAUCCCUUUGUGGGCCAUCUAACUAACAGGGUUGGGUACACGAUUCCAAUGUUCACGGGUUUCGUGGUUAUGUUUGUAUCUACAGUCAUAUUUGCCUUUGGGGAGAACUACUGGGUCCUUGUUUUUGCCAGAGCAGUCCAAGGAAUCGGUUCCUCCUGCUCAAGUGUCGCAGGAAUGGGGAUGUUGGCAAUGACUUACCCAGAUGAUAAGGAGAGAGGAAAUGCCAUGGGUCUGGCAUUAGGUGGUCUAGCCAUGGGGGUACUUGUUGGGCCACCAUUUGGAGGUAUCAUGUAUGAAUUUGCUGGAAAAGAAGCACCUUUUCUCAUUCUUUCUUCGCUUGCCCUACUAGACGGCUUACUACAGAUGUUUAUGCUGCAACCUUCUGUAAAACCAGAGUCCCAGUUAGGAGCCCCAUUAUCGGAGUUAUUAAGGGAUCCCUACAUACUUAUAGCAGCGGGAUCCAUCACAUUUGCUAACAUGGGUAUCGCUAUGAUGGAGCCCUCCCUGCCGAUAUGGAUGUUCGAGACAAUGGGAUCUCCGGAAUGGCAGCAAGGUGCUGCCUUUUUACCUGCCAGUAUAUCAUACUUAAUAGGAACAAAUACGUUUGGUCCACUGGCCCACAAGAUGGGGAGGUGGCUCAGCGCAUUAAUCGGAAUGAUUAUUAUAGGUGUUUGCUUAAUAGCUAUUCCAUUUUCAAGAAAUAUAUAUCAUUUGAUAGCACCAAAUUUUGGACUUGGUUUUGCAAUAGGUAUGGUGGAUUCCUCUAUGAUGCCACACAUGGGAUACCUGGUAGAUCUUCGUCACGUCUCUGUGUAUGGUAGUGUGUAUGCUAUUGCAGACGUCGCCUUUUGCCUAGGCUUUGCCUUUGGUCCUGCAAUUAGUGGAACCUUGGUUAAAGAAAUAGGAUUCAACUGGAUGCUGUGGAUUAUAGCAAUAAUAAACUUGAUCUAUGCUCCACUUCUAUACUGGAUACGGAACCCCCCAGGACGAGAAGAGAAGAUGUCCCUGAUUAUGAAUGACCAAUGCCCUGUCCAGUAUGUCACAUACAACCAGACUGGAAAGAGUUUACCCACUUCCGACGACGAAGAUCCGUACGGGAAUGACUACUAGAAUGGCUAUGUGUCACGUGGUCUGGCUAUGUGUCACGUGGUCUGUAUCUCUACCCAGUCCUGCAAUGAUAUGCCAAAUUCUGGUGUGUCUGAGCGAUUUAGAAAUAUUGUUGUUAGAAGUUCGCUGAAAGAAAACAACGUCUUUAAAUGCUUCCAAACUCUUAUGAAUAUGCAUUAUAUUAGAAUGUUAAAAUGAUCCGAAUGAGUCCAUAUAUUAUCUGUAAGUUAUAUACACAUGAAAUUUUAUAAAGCAUGGUCAUUUUCAUGUAGAUCUAAACAUAUUUUUAAUGUUGUUUUAUCUUAUGGAGAAGUGGAUAUUUUGGGGGAAAACUUGUCAGUGUACUAAAACAAGUAGAUGUACUGUAGCAGAAAUCAUUAAAUAAGUUUUAUUUUAUAAAGCAGGGGCUCCGUAUCACAGAAGGACCUAAGCCUAUGAUCCACAUUGAGUAUUUUCAGCAUCAUUUCUUGGUGAUAAUAAAGCAAUAUCAUGUUAUUCGUAAAUAUUUUACGAAGUAAUUGUUUAAUUACAGAGAGACAAAAUGGAUGUUUGUACAAGUAUGAUUGAGGUAAUAUUGCUAAUAUUAUUAAAAAAUAUGUGAUAUACACGUGUUAUUUUAUUCAUAAAUGUUCUCUACUUUGCUAUUAUUUAAGACUGUUACUGUUAACAUUUUAUUAAAUGCAUAGAAAAAAAGAUCCACUGCAUUGUAUGUUUGUCAACCAAGCAUAAUACUUUGUACAUUAAAUUAAGUUUUGACAGAAGUUCAAAGAAUAAGAGAGAAACUAACAGAACACAAAUAGAGUAAAAAUGAGUAAUUAAAACUUAUUUAUUUUAAAAUUUAUUUACGACAAAACUUGUUUAUUUGAAUAUAAUGAGACGAUAAUAAUACGAUAUAGUAGUAAUUAUAAUAAUGGUCAUGUGAUUUGUUGACAUAGACUCUGAAUUGUAUAAUAUCAUCUAUAUAUUCCUGUUGUCUCGGUGCUAAUUACUUGUUGUAGACUAAUUAGCCUUAAUUAAAUAUACUGCAGACAAGAA